UCACAACGCAGUGGGGCUCUUCCUAUGACAUUGGAACUCUGAGAAAGACGCUUUAUAAAGUGCUUAUCAAUCAAAAAUCGUCCAUUUCAUGGCUAUUGUAUAUAAUUUGGCUAUUUAACUUGUCUAGCAUGAAGUUGGAAGCGUUCAAAAGCGGAAUACCUGGCUAAAGAAUUUCUGACAAAAUAUGAAUGAUCUGUCAGAUAGUCCAAUCACCUAUGGACAACUGAUUGUGUUAGGGUUUAAUGGUAGGAUACCAUUUGAGACUGGAGAUGCUCGGUUGGCCAGCAAGUUCUUGGUGAGACAAAGAGAAAGUGGGAAUGCCCAGAAACCAUGCAAGCAAUAUUCUUAUAAAUCUGUGAGACAAAGCGUUGACUAUAUAUCACAAGAUAUUCAUUCAGUCUGCUAUACUGUGAGUGAGAACGAGAAUCUUGUUGUUACCUACGAGGCACUUCCUAACGUGGACAUGUUCCAGAUUGGUCGUUCGUCGGAUAUCAAUGACUAUGUGGUUAUGGAUGUUGUACCAAAUGCUCAGAAAGCUACUGACUGCAUGCUACCAAAAAGCACUAUUUCACGUUUUGCCUGCCGAAUCUAUGUUGACAGGUCUCCUCCAUAUACUGCAAGAAUAUAUGCUGCUGGAUUUGAUAAAUCCAAAAAUAUUUGUCUUGGGUCAAAGGCAAUCAAAUGGUGUAAAGAAGAUGUUGGUAUGAUGGAUGGACUCACAACCAACGGGGUUCUUAUCUUACAUCCUCUCAGUGGCCAACAUGGUGUUGUUGAUAGGGGACCAGGACUGUGGAGGGAGGUGUCAAUCACCGGAGAUAUUUACGCUCUAAGAAGGGCAAGAUCAGAUCGUGGGGCAGGAAAGAAGGUGGCAAAUGAGUCUAAUGUUUUAGUGGAUGGCACUUUAAUUGACCUCUGUGGAGCCAUAUUGCUGUGGAGAUCAAGAGAAGGGAUUGCAAAUAUGCCAUCCCUUCGUGAUAUUGAGGAUAUGCGACAAAAAUUAAACGCAACUAAACCACAAUGUCCCGUUGGCCUCACAACCUUGGAGUUUCCAUCAAAUCCUACAAAACAAUCCAAUCGAACACGUUCGAAAACGCCGCACGUGUACGUCAAAUGUGGUCACGUGCAUGGAUUUCACACGUGGAACUCCUCGAUGUUUGAGGGAGAGGAAAGAACGUGCCCGAUGUGCAGACAGGUGGGACCUUACACCAAACUGCAGCUCGGCGUGGAGGCCGCUCUCUGGGCUGAUUGUAGACCAGAAUACUACGCUUUUGUUCCUUGCGGCCACAUGUGCUCCGAGGCCACUGUCAGGUUUUGGUCUCAAGUUCCGCUGCCUCACGGUUGCCACGCCUUCCGUGCCGCGUGUCCUUUCUGUGGCACCCCCCUGCAAGAUGACGUUGAUGGUUUUGUGCGUCUGAUAUUCUCGUAGCAUAUCGCUCAUACCGUGUCUAUCGCUCUGUAUUUAAAUGCUGUUGUGUACACUAAUGUAUAGACGGGAUAACCAUGUAUCGACGAAGUGGGGUUUCCGAAGGGAUGCGAAGGGUGAACUUGGGUUAUUUAUAUUAUACGACACAUCAAUCGUUCAGAACGAGAUCAGUACAGUGAGAUCAGUAUCUAUCAUGAGAUGAACUCACUCACGAAGUGAAAAUUGUCGAAGAUCGCGACGAAAAGAAAAUGACAAAAACUGUCACUUCGGAUGUACAUAUGAAGUCGAUCGUUGCAUGCGAUGGUUUCUUGGGUGGGUUGGAGUGAAGGGUAGAUCAUGUUGUUUUCUGAAUUAACCUAGGGGGAGCGAAUGUAGAGGGGGUGCGACGUCUAGGCCCAAGUCUCGUGUGACAAACUGGCAUUCUGGAAACGGCAAUGAUUUUAAACAUUUAAGAGAAUUAUUAACACUCACCAAGAAUUAUUUAACGAUUACUUGAAUCACAAAUUGGUGCAUUUUGAUGAUAAUUUAUUGCUUUUAACGAUGUGAAUAUUGCAAUUUUGUACAUCAUUUGUAUUGAAAAUGAAUUUUAAAACUACACUUUUGAUCUAAAUCAUCACGAACGAAAUAUCAAACACAAAGGGUUUCCUCGGUAUUGACGUCACAACCUGCAGGCGUUUCCGAAAGUAGGCGAUAUUG